UUAUAACCAGUUGAGUGGCAAAUUAGUGGUUAGGCUUCCCUUCUUUGCAAUUACUUUGAUUGCAUUGUUGGUGAAAACCCAGUUGCAGCAAUGGCUUUGAACCAAGAAGAUGCAAUUUGCUCGAAAAGUUGUUUCUACCUCCGUUACAGUUUCUUGUGGCCUGAGGAAGCCCCAACCCGGUCAUUUUACGCGAAAUUUAUCCUAGUCCUGAUUUUAUCAUUCUUGACCGCAUUUCUGCCCCUGUUCAUUCAUUUUUUGAUACUUGUGGAAAGGGGGCUGGAUCCGAGUGAGGACUUGUUCGUGAUAAUUUCCUACACGGGCUUUGCCCUUAUUAUGAUAAUUUACGUCAUUCACGUGAAAAAAACCUCGUAUCUGAUUGUGCAGUUGUCUGAUUUUGAAAAAUUCGGGAAACCUCGCGGGUUUGAUUAUUGGGAUAAAAAAUUCCGGUUAAUUUCAUCUGGAGUUUAUUAUUACGUUUUAAUCGCGUCUUCGGGCCUAAAUUUGGGUCGAUGGGUCGGAAUGGCAGAAUGCAGGAAAGAAAGGGAUUUCCAAGUGUGUGGGAUAGUCAUACCUUAUUGGCUUCCUUGGAAGGUUGACUCCUGGCUUUUCUUUAUUUUGCUGGACUUGUACGUCCUCAAGAUGACACUUGUUGUCAACUGUGCUCUGUUUCUUAUUAUUAUACAAAUUUUGGAAAUUACUACACACUUAAAACUACGAAUUGAUCAUUUGAAAGAAAUGCUAGUGAAAUGCUUUGACAGUGAUUCGCAAACAAACCGGAAACAGUUGGUGAAUUGUAUCCGUUACCACACUUAUAUCAUCAAUUGCAGCAAAUUAUUUAAAAAAUGUUUCACCCACGCGAUGUUUUCCCUAAUUGUGACGAUGGCGCUUUCUUGUGGUUGUCUAGAGAGCCAAGUUGUUAAGUUUGAUUUAUGGGCCCUUCCGCCUAUUUCUGCUUGGAUUUUUAUACUUUUCAUAGCUUGCAUGGCAGGACAGAUCUUAAUGAAUGCGAGUCUAUCGAUUGGCGAUGCUGGUUACCAUUCAAAAUGGUACCAAACCGACGCCAACUUUCGAAAAUAUUUAAUUCUAGUGCUAAUGAGAAGCCACAAGGCUUUGGUUCUUUCAGCUGGGCCUUUCAAUAUCUUGUGUUUUGAACUGUUUGUGGCCAUAAUGAAGUUUUCGUAUUCUGUUUUUAUGCUGUUAAACCAAAACUAGUGGUGUAGUAAACAAGUAAAUCGUUUUCGAGUAAA